GUUAUGAGCAGUUAUGUUUUGAUUUAAUGGUUUUUAUUUUGUUUUUGUUAUGUUAACCCUAAAGGGCUAUUGUUGUACAUUGCAGUACAGUGUGGUUAUAUUGUGGUAGAUGUUAUUAUGUUGCAGUUAGCAUAAUUCGCAUCGUACACUUAUAUAUUAAUCUGUGUUGUGUUAUAUUUAUUAUAAACGUAACAGGUUUCAAUUUUAUUGCAAGUGAAAAUGUAAUUUAUUUGUAUAAUAACUACAUAAGAUGAAUAAUUAAAAAAAUAAUUUACCAACCUUGUGAUAAGUAAAAUGGCUUCAGUAAAGGUUGCAGUUAGAGUAAGGCCCUUCAAUCAAAGGGAAUUAGAUUUGGAGGCAAAGCUUAUUAUUCAAAUGCAAGGAAACCGAACUGGUAUCCUAAAUUGUAAAGCUAAUGCCAGAGAUGAAAGCAUACGUUAUAAAGAAUUUACUUUUGAUUAUUCUUAUUGGUCUCAUAAUAAAGAAUCUCCUAAUUUUGUUUCACAAGAACAGGUAUAUAAUGAUUUAGGUACUGAAGUUGUUGACUGUGCCUUUCAAGGAUAUAAUGGUUGUGUUUUUGCUUAUGGACAAACUGGAAGUGGCAAAACUUUUACCAUGAUGGGCUCACCUGAGGAGCAAGGACUAAUACCCAGAGUUUGCAAAUCAAUUUUUGAUAGAAUGGUGGAAAACUCUAUGAAAGGUACUACGCAUCGUGUUAGUGUAAGUUAUUUGGAGAUCUAUCAAGAGAAAGUUGCUGACCUUUUAAAAGGUCACAAUUCAGCAGUUAGAGUUCGUGAGCAUCCUAAGAAAGGACCUUAUGUUGAGGGGUUAACCACACUUAUAGUUACUAACUAUGAGCAAAUUUUAGAGUGUAUAACUAGGGGAAAUGCAAAUCGAACUACAGCUGCAACUAAUAUGAAUGAUGUUAGCAGUAGAAGUCAUGCUAUCUUUACAAUAACUUUUGUUCAAGCAGGAUAUUGUAAUGGAAUACCUAGUGAAACUGUAUCUAAAAUUCAUUUGGUAGAUUUAGCUGGUAGUGAAAGAGCUGAUGCUACAGGAUCAACUGGAAAAAGACUUAAAGAAGGAGCGCAUAUUAACAAAUCACUAGUCACUUUAGGUUCCGUAAUUUCAUCCCUUGCAGAGUUGUGCUCGGAACCAAGCGGUUAUCGUCGUUCAUUCUUUAUACCUUACAGAGAUUCUGUUCUCACUUGGUUAUUAAAAGAUAGCUUAGGAGGAAAUUCUAAAACAAUAAUGAUCGCAACAAUCAGUCCCGCAGAUUGUAACUAUGCUGAAUCAUUAAGUACUCUCAGGUAUGCAAACCGUGCUAAAAACAUUAUCAAUAAACCCACUAUCAACGAAGAUCCAAAUGUAAAAUUGAUUAGAGAAUUAAGAGAAGAGAUAUCAAAACUACGGGCUUUGAUGUUUAAUGAACAUCGUUCCGAUAUGCUAGCUAAAAUUCACGAAAAAGAAGCUAGAGAAAAGGAACUCACAGAGGAAUGGACUAGCAAAUGGAGGGAAGCACAAGCUAUUUUAAGAGAGCAAACAGCCCUUGGCUUACGAAAAGCAGGGCCCGGGGUUGUUUUGGAUUCUGAUAGACCUCAUUUAGUUGCUAUCGACGAUGAUCCACUCAGUACUGGUGUGACAUUAUAUCAUUUGAAGGUAAAUAUUAACUAUAUAAUUAUAUGCUUAAUUAAAGAGAGAUGUAUACGUGGAACUUUCGGAAAGCGCAUUGCAUCACUGCCUUAUUUGUAUUAGUAAAAAGAAACGUAA